UGUGUCCAUUUUAUAAAAUGUAUCUUUAAAAGAGGGUUCACUGCUUUUUCCCGCACUGUUAACCUAAACCGCGUCAAACUUCCCUUUAGGUCGCACCGAAAAAUUCUUCUUCCUCCUUGUAAAUAUUGAUUUAAACCCACGUUAGCUGAAGGCGACAAGCGGUAUUUCAUUAAAUUCAGCCGGCGUAGUUUGUAGUACACCGUUCAAGUGUUUUGGUGUAGAAAAUUGGGCUGUCAAAGGAAAGUUUGUGUCAAGGAAAAGUGUCAAUCUUUAUUUUAUCGACAUGCUUUUCAUGGUAAUUUGAUAUGUUUUUCCAACUUUAUAAUUUUUUACCUGGAGCACCAUGUGUACCUGACCACCAUGUGACGACAUGACUACAUUGAACGUUAUUAUACACAGCAUGGUGGAAUUCGUCAAAAGAGCUGUAGCCACUGCAAACGAUAGUAAAACAAUGGAAUUUCUUACCAACACCACUGACAAUAUCACUGAAGUGGAUCCUGAGAAUAAAAGUAAAGGAUAUGUUGGAAUGAUUGUACUUAUGUUUAUUUUAGCCUUAUUGUUCAACAUUUCUGCUCUUAUCAUGAUCAUCAAGUCCUCAAAGUCCCAUAAAUGGAGUGCUUUUUACAGACUAAUGGUGUCACUGAACAUCACUGACUUAUUCGGUAGUAUUACAAGUUUUCCAGUACUUCUGGCUACGUACGCCAACAAUGUGGAAUUUCAGGGUGGUCAACAAGUCUGUGACUAUAACGGGUACAUGAUUAGCUUUGUUUUCUUGGCAUCAGCCUCGAUUAUCGGGACCAUGUCGACAGAGAGAUUCAUUGGAGUUUGGUUCCCGUUCUUCUACAAUAACAGUGAAGCUAAAGAGAAGCGAACGAACAUUAUAUUGGGGACUAUAUGGGUCACUGUGGCAUUUAUCUCACUUCUUCCCAUCAUUGGGUUCGGUGAAUACGUUCUACAAUAUCCGGGAACUUGGUGCUUCUACAAUUUCAGAGCCAAGAAUCUCGGAGACAAAGUUUAUGCGUACCUGUACUCUGUGAUAUGGAUUAUAAUUAUUCUUUGUACUAUUAUAUUCAAUGUGCUAGUCAUAGUCAAAUUAACCUUGCGUAGAAUAAACGCAACUGAUAGGAAGAAACAGAGUGGUAAAGCCAAUAGAAACGAGAUUUACUCCAUCAUUCUCCUGGUUGUCAUUGUCAUAGUAACGGCCACGUGCGGAAUCCCUCUGGCAAUUCGAGCCAUUGUAAAUGAGAGUGGAUCGAUGAAGGAUAAUAAUGCCGACCUCCAUGCCAGCAGGAUGGCCUCUUUUAAUAUGAUUCUAGACCCACUUGUCUACAUUUUCUUCCGAAGGGAAAAUCUUGAAUGUUUGUUCCGAUUUAUAAGGAAAAAGCGCGGGAAAUCCGAAAAAUCGUCCGAUGAGUGCAGUAGUACCAGUGCUAAAACUGAUAACACAACAAGAUCUGCGACCAACCUAGAAAAUAUUGAAUCUCAGUCGGGCGACAUGAAUAAAUAUUGAAUACUUAAGCCAAGGGCUUUUUCUGGCAAAUGACUGUGUUUUCUUGAGCUAUAUGAAAAGAAAUCCAGCAUUGAGUAUCCUUUGCUCAGAAUAACGACAAAGGAGCAGUUGUGCAUGUUCAUGAAUCACGUGUAGUUACGUCAAUAAACAGCUGUGAAUGUAAGCUUAGAAGAUGUAAAAGUACCCAAAUCUUCAACAAAUCAUUUCUAACGACGUAAAAAUGAAGCAGACAACUUAACAAAAAAACAUGUUCCCUUAAGCUGAAGGGGUGUGAAAAUACUUGUAAAUGCACGUUCAACGACGUUUUUAAUAGACAUACUACGUGUACUACUAGUACUUGUCUUAAUGUUUUUGAGAAUACUAUACUACCUUAAUAUUUUACCACACAAAGGUGAUGUACUCUAUAGCUUAAACAUUCGUCUACCAUGUAGUUAUUUCCGUUAUCAUUCAAUCACAAAACUAUUGUUAUAUACGUUAUUUUAGAAAAGACAGAGAAGGAAAAAGAUAGGGCGUGUAGAUGAAUUAACUAAAGCAGAAAAUUGAGACGACGAACAAAAAUAUUUACUGUAGAUGGAGAUUAAAAGCUUGAAGUAGGUACACUCCAUUAACAAGCAAUGAAUUCAAGGAAGUAAUUCACUGUAAGAAAAACUUGAAGAUAUUACAUAAUUAUCUAAUGAGCUUAAUACUUGUGUGUGGAAACAACAACAAUAUAUACAAAAUAAAGCUAUGUAUAAGUG